GGGCGCAUGACUUGCCUCAAUCUGGCGUUGGGCUCGGAGGCUAUCAAUUGUUCCCUACGAAGCAGCACCGGCAGUUAAAAGGGUUUGACGCUUUCACACGUAUGAUUCUGCGGUUCUCAAAAAUAGGUGGAAUUUACAGUUAAAGGAUAAUUGGACCGAAAUGAAACGUAAACACGGCGACGUUUUCUAACAAAGCAGGUGCGCGAGGGAAACGACUGCAUUCGCUGCUGUGGAAGUCUAUUGUCUGCCUGUGGCAGGAAGGAUGUUGGGCAAAAUGUCUCUCACGACCGUGCUGCAGUUGCUCAGCAUCUUCCUCCAGACAUCGCUUGCAUCUCUGAAGUGUGAGGACAGCCUUGCCAGCCCCCUUCCUUACAGCUUUUUCAGCAGCUCCUCAGUGUUUGGGAGACAUUACGGUGCUGGUUAUGCAAAGUUGAACUGGAAACAAGGGGCUGGUGGCUGGUCACCAGCUGAUACAGACCGUUACCACUGGUUACAGGUCGAUUUAGGGUCAAAGAAGCAAGUGACUGGUAUUGCAACACAAGGCCGCUACAGAAGCGUAGACUGGACCAGCCAAUACCAACUGCUUUACAGUGAUUCUCAGAAAAACUGGAAGCCAUAUAUACUGGAUGGAAACAUUUGGACAUUCGACGGGAACCUAAACAGUGAAGGAGUUGUUCGUCAUGAGUUUCAGCACAGAAUCUUGGCACGCUACAUCCGAUUCAUUCCAAUAUCCUGGAGCACAGGGGGUCGCGUUGGAGUAAGAUUGGAGCUCUAUGGCUGCCCAUACUGGGCGGAUGUCAUCAGUUUUGACGGAAUCGGUAUCAUCUCCCUCCGCUUCAGAAAUAAAAAGGUGAAGAUCAUGAAGGAUGCAAUUUAUUUAAAGUUCAAGACUACUGUUGGGAACGGAGUACUUCUUCACGGAGAAGGACAACAGGGUGACUACAUUUCACUGCAACUUCACCAAGCCAGACUGCUACUCAGCAUCAACUUAGGCAGUAACGAGUAUGGUUUAAUCCAUGGAGUUACGUCGGUAACAAUUGGAAGUUUGUUGGAUGAUGACCAUUGGCACUCAGUCGCCAUAGAGCGUUAUCGUAGGAAUGUGAAUUUCACCCUGGAUAAUCACAGUCACCGUUUCCGGACAAACGGAGAGUUCGACCACUUGGACUUAGACCAUGAGAUCAGCUUUGGAGGCCUACCUUCAUCAGCAAAGCCAAACUUUGGUGGCAUGGAUAAUUUUGUUGGCUGCAUGGAGGCAAUCUUUUAUAAUGGAGACAAUAUCACUAAUUUGGUCCGCAGAAAAAAAGUGGACACAUCAAGCUUUCGCAACUUGACUUUUUCAUGUGCUGAUUCCAACUCCUUCCCCAUCUUCUUCAACUCCACUUCCUUCCUCCGGUUACCUGGCCAAAGUGAUAGUGACACUCUGUCAGUUAGCCUGUCCUUCAGGACAUGGAACCUAAACGGAUUGUUAAUUUUCACUCCACUGGCUGAUGGCUGGGUGGAGGUGGGACUUACUGAGGGCAAGAUUACUGUUCAUAUAACCUUUACGCCUAAGAACGCACGUAUUGACAUCUCUUCAGGCUCAGGCCUGAAUGAUGGCCAGUGGCAUAGUGUGCAUCUAAAUGCUUUGGAGAAUUAUGCUAUGUUGACCAUUGAUGGAGAUGAGGCAUCAACAGUCAGAACUGCCAUUCCAGCACAGAUUCAAACCAGAGGAACAUACUACUUUGGAGGAUAUUUCAGCAAAACUUCUCAGCAAUCAAUACAGCCCCCAUUCCAGGGGUGCAUGAAGCUGAUUCACAUCGAUGACCACCUUGUGAAUCUAAGAGCAGUGGAACAAGGACUGAUUGGGACGUUUGAAAAUGUCAGCCUGGAUAUGUGUGCCAUGAUCGACAGAUGUUCCCCAAACCACUGUGAGCAUGGCGGCCGCUGUUCUCAGACAUGGGAUACAUUCACAUGCAAUUGUAGCGACACAGGAUACACAGGAGCAACUUGCCAUUCUUCUGAGUUUCAACAGUCCUGUGAGGACUACAAACAUCUGGGCAAGACUUCUGGGAGCUACUGGAUUGACCCAGAUGGCAGUGGAUCCAUUCAGCCUUUCAAAGUCAACUGCGAUAUGAUGGAAGACAAGGUUUGGACCACUCUUAAAAACAACCUGCCAUCGCAGGCCAGAGUGAGCAGGACUGGGCGAGAUGAGCAAGCAAUUCUGCAAAUAUCGUAUAAUGUCACAGAUGAACAGAUAUUGUCAGUGAUCAGCAAUGCAGAGAAGUGUGAGCAGUAUGUGGCCUAUGCUUGCCAUAUGUCUCGUCUGCUCAAUACUCCAGGUGGUGAACCUUUUACCUGGUGGGUCGGAAGAGCAAAUGAACGUCAUUAUUAUUGGGGAGGUUCUGGGCCAGGUAUUCAAAAGUGCCUUUGUGGGAUCCAACAAAACUGUACUAACCCCAGACACUACUGCAACUGUGAUGCUGACCAGCACAACUGGAAAGAAGAUUCAGGGCAUUUGUUCUACAAGGAUCAUUUGCCAGUUAAACAGGUUGUUGCUGGAGAUUUAAGUAGAGCAGGUUCUGAGGCCAAGGUGACUGUUGGACCACUCCGAUGCCAUGGAUCAUGGAACUAUUGGAAUGCUGCAUCCUUCACCAGUCCUGCCUCAUUCCUGCACUUCCCACUUGUUAGGGGGGAGAUUAGCACAGACAUCAGAUUCUAUUUCAAGACUUCCUCCAGUCAUGGGGUCUUGUUGGAAAACAGGGGACCAGCUGGAUUCAUCCACAUAGAGCUGAGAGGAGACUCUGAGGUAACAUUUUCUUUCGGUGUGGGAAGUGAAACGAUGGAACUCAGUGUUCACUCCUCGGUGGCAUUGAACAAUGACCAGUGGCACAGCAUUGAAGUUGAGAAGAACAUCAAGGAGGCAGUGCUAAAACUGAACAAACAGUACAAAGUGGUUCAGUUCACCUCUCCUCAAAGGAACCCUAAGCUUGAAUUCAACACUGAGCUUUAUAUUGGUGCUUCAGGUGGACAGAGAGGCUUCCUUGGCUGCAUGCGAGCACUAAAGGUAAAUGGUGUUACCUUUGACCUUGAGGCAAGAGCCAGAGAAACACCAGGAGUGAAUCCAGGAUGCCAGGGUUACUGCAACAGAUAUAAAACAAAAUGCAAGAAUGGAGGCAGAUGUGUGGAACUGUAUAAUGGAUUUACAUGUGAUUGUUCUACGACUGCCUAUGAUGGACCAUACUGCACAGAAGAUGUGGGUGGCUACUUUGACAUAGGGACCCACGUCCGCUAUGACCUCCAGCAGGAGGAAAAGCCUGCUUUGCAGAUGAAAAGUUCGAGUGGCUCAGGAAGAGAUGUGAACCUGACUAUGGAAGAACUAAGUUUCAGUUUCAGCACUUCCACGGCUCCUAGUAUCUUGGUCUACAUAAGCUCAAGAACUCAGGACUAUUUAGCUGUGGUUUUAAGGCCCAAUGGAACUCUCCAGAUUCGGUAUAAACUCGGUGGCCAACUGGAUCCAUUUACUAUAGAUGUUGAACGAAAUUUGGCCAAUGGCCAACCGCAUUCAAUCAACCUGACCCGGAAUUUUAGAGAUAUAAAACUGCAGUUGGAUCACUAUCCCCUGUCCACAUACACACUGCCUGAGAAAUCUGACCAGGAGUUCAACCUUGUGAAAAGCAUCUUUCUGGGGAAGGUCUAUGAAACGGGACAAAUUGACCCCAUUUUGAUCGAGCGGUACAACACGCCUGGUUUUGUGGGUUGUCUGUCAAGGGUGCAGUUCAACAGCGUGGCACCACUGAAGGCUGCAAUUCGCUCUAGUCAAGCAGCACCUGUGAGCACUCAAGGAAUAUUGGUUCCAUCCAAUUGUGGAGCCUCACCUUUGAUCAUCUCCCCCAUGGCUCUUGAUGCAUGGAGUAUUGAAACUGAUGGCAGUGUUUUCCCGCCCCAUGAAGAUGACAUGACGGGGGAUAAGUUGGCUCGCAACUUUGCCGUGGUGGGAGGUAUUAUCGCCAUGGUGAUUCUCACGAGCAUGCUCAUCAUGGUCUUCGUCAUCAGACACAUGUUUCGCCAUAAAGGCUCCUAUCACACAAAUGAGGCCAAAGGAGCAGACACAGUGGACUGUGCUGACGCUGCCAUUAUUGUCAACGAUCCAGCCUUCACCGAAACCAUUGAGGAGAGCAAGAAGGAGUGGUUUAUCUGAGCAUGUAAAUAUGACUCCCAAUGGGAUGUGAUGUCUCAAUGUUAGGACAGGUGAAGCAACACACUCCCAAAUGCAAGGAAUUGCUGAAUGUUUUCUUUAUAGAACUGAAGGGAAGAACAAAGUGUAACAAAGCACUGUAAAUGAAGCAUGUCACCAUUCAUUUUGUUGAAGUAACAGCUGAAAAUUUAGAUCUGGGGUUUCAUCUGCUUUGGGACCUUUAUGCUUGGAUUAUUUAUUUAUUUAUUUAUUUAAUUUAUUAUUUUUCAUUGAAUUGGCCUUUGCCUCCCCUUUCAGCUCCGGUGAGUCCCAGUCAUCAACAAUGAUGUUUCUUUGGUCAUCUUUUUGGAUGUCAUCCUUUAUCAUUGCCUUAUACAGUAUAGCUUGUUGAUAGAGGUAGUCAGACUUUGCUACAUAUGACUUAGAGUCAGGACUGCAUGGAAGUGGCCUUUAUUUUUCGAUGACUGUUGAGAUGAAGUAAGAGGGAGCUUCUAUUUUCACAAUUCUAAGACUUAAUCUAAAAUGUACCUUUUCUAUGUGUCAUUUGCUUUGAUACCAGGCGUGUAUGUUUGCCAACAUUACAUGGUUUUGGUUGUAAAACAUUAAAUUGAGUACACAAAUGAGAAAUUUCACCCAAA